AUGGCUGAAAAUAGUUUAGAGUCAAUUCCAAAAUAUUUAGAACAAUCACUUCUACCACAACAUGCAAAGGUAGCAGAAGCACAAUUGAAAUCCAUUGAAAAUCAACCAGGGUUUUCAGUAAACUUGUUACAUAUUAUUGCUUCGACUAAUCUAUCUCCAAGCAUUAGGUUGGCGGGAGUGUUAUUUUUUAAGAAUCUCGUUAAAAGAAAAUGGGUUAAUGAAGAAGGCGAGUAUUUGUUGCCAAUUUCGGAUAUUAACCAUGUUAAAUCUGAAAUUUUGGAUAUUAUGAUUAAGUUGCCAAAUCAAUUACAAAUCCAAAUAGGAGAAACCAUAUCAAUUAUUGCCGAAUCAGACUUCCCUCAUAACUGGAAUAACCUUAUAGAUGAAUUAGUACUGAAAUUGUCUUUAGAAGACUUUGUUCUGAAUAAAGGUAUUCUCCUAGUUGCUCAUUCCAUUUUUAAAAGGUGGAGACCUCUUUUCAGAUCAGACGAAUUAUUCUUGGAAAUCAAGUUAGUGCUAGAUAAAUUUGCCGAACCUUAUUUGACCUUAUUGAAUAAGCUCGAUCAAUUAAUAUCUGAAGCUUUGAACAAACAAGAUAAGGCUUCGUUGACUAUUUAUUUUGAAAACUUGUUGUUACUAGUUCAAAUCUAUUACGAUUUAAAUAGUCAGGAUAUUCCAGAAUUCUUUGAGGACCAUAUGAUGAAUGGAAUGGAAAUAAUGCAUAAGUAUUUGGUAUUAGAAACUCCGCUAAUUACUGAUCAAGAUUCAGAUGAUGAAAUCGACGUUCUAAUCAAAACAAAGACAUCGAUUGUUGAAUUAGUUUCGUUAUAUGUAAGUCGUUAUGCCGAUGUUUUUGAACCUCUUAUCGAGAAUUUCAUCACCACUAUCUGGAAAUUGAUUAAUAGCUAUGUUACCAAACAACAGAAGUUUGAUUUAUUAGUUGUCAAAGCUUUAUCAUUUUUAACAUCCGUAACAAAAAUGGCUAAAUACCAGCCACUUUUUGAUAAUGAAUCGUCAUUAAAGGAAAUCAUUGAAAAAAUUAUCUUGCCAAACAUCUACUUUAGAGAGAUUGAUGAAGAAUUGUUUGAGGAUGAGCCAAUUAACUUUGUUAGAUCUGACUUAGAGGGAUCUGACUUUGACUCUAGACGUAAAUCAGCGACUGACUUUUUGAGGGAAUUAAAAGAAGUUAAUACCGGUUUAUUAACGAACACAGUAAUGAAUUAUGUAAAUCAAUUCUUAUCAUCACAAUCAGAUUGGAAAAGUAAAGAUAUUGCAAUCUACUUAUUUAGUUCAUUGGCUGCAAAGGGAAGUGUUACGAAUGUGGGUGUUACAUCCACUAAUGUUUUAGUUGACGUUGUAAAAUUCUUUAGUGAUAACAUUGCUAAUGACUUGAUGAAUACUAAUCAUUCAACGAAUCCAAUUUUAAAAACUGAUGCGAUUAAGUACAUUUUCACUUUCAGAAAUCAAUUAACUAAAGAACAAUUAUUAACAACAUUUCCAUUGUUGAUUAAUCAUUUACAAGAUUCCAACACUGUUGUUUACACCUAUUCGUCCAUCACUAUCGAAAAGUUAUUAUCGAUGAACAGCUUCACGGAUGUUAAUCAUUCUCCAGUGUUCAAUAAGAAUGACGUUCAACCUUUUGUUAAUGACUUGCUAACUAAUUUGUUCAGGUUGAUUUUGAGUAAUGACCAAUCUUCCCCGGAAAAAUUGGCUGAAAAUGAAUUCUUAAUGAAGUGUAUAAUGAGAGUGUUGAACACGGUUGAAGGCCUAAUUGAUGACUCAUUUAAGGUUACAAUUAUUGAUCAAUUGUUGAAGAUUUUGAAGAUUAUUGCUAAAAAUCCAUCCAAUCCAAAGUUUUCUCACUACAUUUUUGAAAGUUUAGGUCUAUUAGUCAAAUUUGGAACUAACGAUUAUGAUAAAGUUAAUCAAUAUAUUGAAUUGAUUUUACCUUCGUUAUUAGAAAUAUUGAGUGAAGAUGUGCAAGAGUUUGUUCCUUACACUUUCCAAAUAUUAGCAUUUUUAUUAGAAUUGUAUCCAAAUUCGAAACCCCUUCCAGAAAGCUACAAACAAUUAAUUAAGCCUUUACUUUCUCCAGCUGUUUGGGAAUAUCGUGGGAACAUUCCGGGUGUAACGAGAUUAUUAAUUGCUAUAUUAGAGCAAGAGCCAUCUGUUUUCACCGCAAACGACCAAAGCUUAACUCCAUUAUUAGGUGUAUUUCAGAAAUUAAUUGCUUCAAAGGUUAAUGAUAUAUAUGGCUUCGAUUUGUUAGAGUCAAUUCUUUUGAGCAUUCCCUUGAAUAUAUUAGAAAAUUACUUGAAGCAAGUGGCAAUAUUAUUGUUAACCCGUUUAAAAAAUUCAAGGACUGAAAAAUUCAUCAAAAAAUUUGUGGUAUUCAUAAGUUCAUUAUGUUGUAUACCAUUGAAUGAAGAAUUAAAUGCUAAGUGCCAUUCUUUAAUCAAUUCCGAUUUCGUUAUUAGUUUCAUAGAUUCAGUACAACCUGGUGUCUUCCCUCAAAUUUAUAAUAGCUUUAUGUUACCAACUUCGUCAGGCUUAACCAACUUGCAAGAUAAGAAAUUGGUAACAUUGGGAUUACUGGAAAUGGUCAAUUCGGAUCAGUUCACUAAAGGAAACUACUCAAGCUUGAUUAUUCCAACUGUUGAUCAAUUAGUAAGAAAUUUGACUUCUCUUGGGGGAUUACUGAAGUCAAGUAGUACAGUUAAUAAUACAACAUCUGCACAAAUUGGUACAACAUCGGUUCCAAUAAAUGAAUUAGAUUUAGAAGGAUCAUCUUUUGGAUCACAAUUUUCAAAAAUCAUAUCUAUUCAAGUAAAGCCAUUUGACCCAUUGCCAAAUGUUAAAAAUAAUGAUCAAAAUUCAAUAAAAAUGGGUGCUAUGACAAAUAUUGAAAAGUUAAAUAACUUAGGUGCUUUGAACCAAUUAAGUGAUGAAACACGCCAACUAUUAAGUAAUAUCAGUGUGUAG